GGAGGCAGUAGUGACGCCUGGCAGUGCGCACAGAGAGAGGGGCUGACUUUCAGAGUCUGCAGGCAGGAAACAGCCAUUCAACAGAGCAGGGAUGUAUACACGGCGAAAUAUAAAGUAGUUAUCUCAAAGCAGAAGGGGGAGUGUCGCUGCCUGAAUCUCUAAUUCCAGGGGCCGCUGGACCAGGCUUUAGCGCAUGUAGAGAGAAGGAGGGGGAGGAGGAGGAGGAGGGAGGUGCAGGGGGCAGUGAGAGAGUACGUUUCACAGGAUCCAGGCCUAGUAGUAUUGCCGCUGGGACUCUCCUCAUCCGCUUUCACAAAAUUGGAAAUUGGCACAUUUAAUGGGCAAAAUGAGCGGGUUGAGGGUCAUGUUUGCGCUGAACGACAUCAGAAUGGGAGGAACCAUGCCAGCAUGAGUGGGCCUCACCCAGGCCCUGGCAGAGAGACUCAUCAGUCCGGCUGCCCUUUGACCCCCGGGCGAGACCUCGCCGCCUCCAGACACCAUGACCACAGGAUUGGGUUAAACAUGUCUGCCUCCUCCCUCAAGCAUGCAUCCAUGUAUGGGUUUACAAAAACGGAGCACUCCUCCUCUUCCUCCUCUUCAUCCUACAGUCCUCUCAGGAGGCUGCAGCAUCUCACCUCCAUGGUGAGCCAGCCGGACCUGGUGCUGCCGGUGAGGGAGCCGGAAAGGAGCUGGGAGUGGGGGGGGAAUAAGAAGGAGAGGGGGAAGGAGAUGGAGACGGACUCCUGGGCUGACUGCACAAGCGGGGAUUAUUCUGGCAGCCAGAACACAAGCAGGGAGGAAAGCUAUUGUGGCUCUUCUUCUGGACCAAAACAACCUGUGGUCCAGAGUAGAAGUCGAGACAUACCUGCAGCUCCUGACGUCUCGGAGAAAAAGACAGAAGGUCUGUUCUCAGGCCCGCCCAGCCCGGCCUUCUCUCUGGACAGCAACAGCCCCUUUGCUAACGGCUUCCUCCACUUUGAGUCCUCUUUGUUUGAGGAUGACGAUGAAGAGCAGGACGCAGUGUCCCCUCUGGACAGAGGCUUGGAUAAACACGACAGGCCGGAGAAUCUGAUCCCAUCCACUCCUGGAAACGUGAAUUCAGACUCCAAGGAUGCUACCCUGUCCUCAGCCAAGGUGGUGACCCGGUCCCAGUCCUCGGGUCAGCGCCGGAGAUACUGGGACGGCUCGGAUGACGAGUGGGAGAGCGGCUCAGAGCUGCUCCUGCUGGACGAUAGUCCCACAAGGCAUUCAAUGCAGAACAGCUUCAAGAAAAAGGCUGUGCCAUCUCUGAAGUUCUUAGAGGGUGAAGUUAUUUGGGCAAAGUUAAACCGAAGACCAUGGUGGCCCUGCGAGGUGACCGUUGACCCCGCACAGGGAAUCUAUCACAAAGUGAAAGAGCCCAGUGACCGGCCCAGUCGGCUCUACCAUGUCAGGACCUUUGGGGAGCCUUUGGAGCUAACCUGGGUGGAGGAAAAAUCAACUCACAGUUUCCACGGAGGCUUUGAAUUCGAUCAGCUCCCCCUACUGCGCCGGAAGGGGAAGCAACGGGAGCAGAACUACAAAAACACUAUUGCAAAGCGUUUACAGGACUCAUGGAAAUCCAGUGUGGCAGAAGCUGAAUUUGUUGUCCAAGCAAGACACCAAAUGUCUUCUUCCUUUCCUUCGUUCAUAGACGAUGACUUUCAAGACAGUUUCUCACCGGAGACAGAGCGCAAGGCCAAUCCAACUUUUACUCCCUCCACUUCACCGACCCUUCCUGAGACUUUCUACAUGACCAAUGGGUCCAUUUCACCCCCAAUUACAACUCCAGCAAAGCCAAGCACUUUAAAUAAAUCAUCUGGAAAGAAGCAACCAAGUAAAUCAUCAAAGGACAGUUGUAGUAAACACUCCAAAAAGUCAAAGACAUUGCGUAAUAGUCCUGACCAAUCAGAGAGAGAUAAUGGAGAGUGCCCAUAUUCUGACAUCGACUCUGUCCCUAAGAUUUUGUGUCCUAAAGCACUUGAACGUCAGUCUAAGCUUACUACAACUCAGCCACUGGUCACAAUUGUUAAAGAAGUGAAGAAGCAGCCAGAGAUUCAGACUGGUCUUUGGUUCACUAAAUCAGGCAAAGACAGACGACCUAAAACAACCAGUUCAAAGUCGGACCGCACUCUCUUCAGUAAGGUGCCCUGUAAGAAAAAAAACUCAUUUGCAGCAAGUAAAAAGUCACUACUUCCUACUAGUUUCUCCACCUCCAGUGAGCAGCUGGGGUUUUCAGACAGGCAUAAGACUCCUGGUGAAACAAAACUGUCACCUGAACAGCCAGUACAUUUGAAAUGUAAAAACACUGUGAUUGCUAAGAAGCCGUUUGUAACAACCAGCAGUACCCCUUACAAGUCAAGUUUGUCAGACAACCGUAAGACUCUGGAACCGGCUGAAUCAAAUCUGAUAACUGAACAGCCACAACAUUUGAAGUUUAAAAACACAUUGGUGGCUAAUACGUCUUUGGGUACAACUGCGAGUCCCACAGAGCAUUCAUGGUUUUCAGAAAAGCAUAACACUCUGGUACCUGCUGAAACAAAUCUACAACAUAAACAGCCAGGACAUUUUAAGUGUUUUAACACAAAGGUUGCUAAUAGGCCUUUUAGUACAUCUGUCAGUACCAAUGACCUAUCAGGGUUGUCAGACAAGCAGAGCUCACUGGUCUUUGAUAAGUUAGACGUGCCCUUUGAUAAGUGUAGAUAUUCAAAGGAUAGAAAGACAGACUGUAAUACAAUUGAACCUGUUACAGUCUUACCAUUGGAUCAAUUGGGUAGGUCACAUGUUAAAAAAAACAUAAAACCCAGCCCACUCAUUUUCAAUGAUCAAUCAAUGUUGAGUGUAAAGACAGUCAGUCAAACUCCACAUUCAGACACAAUGGCUAAUUAUAAGGUCCAUCCAAUCGACAGGAUUUCUGACCAAGCAGAAGAAAAGCAAAGAAAAAAGUUGAGUGUAAAGAAAUUCAGCAAAACUCAACACUCAGACCCAAUGGCCAGUAAAACGGUCCAAGUAAUUGACUGGAUUGAAGAAAAAGAAAGUGAGAAGUUGAAUGUAAAGACAUUCAGUGAAACUCAACAUUCAGAGACAACAGCUAGCAAAAAGGUCCAUGUAAUCGACAAGAUUUCUGACCAAGCAGAAGAAAAGCAAAGAAAAAAGUUGAGUGUAAAGAAAUACAGCAAAACUCAACAGUCAGACCCAAUAGCUGGUAAAACGGUCCAAGUAAUUGACUGGAUUUCUGACCAAUCGGAAGAAAAAGAAAGUCAAAAGUUGAGUGCAAAGAGAGUCAUUCAAACUCAACAUUCAGACUCAACGGCUUGUAAAAAGGUCCAUGAAAUGGACAGGAUUUGUGUCCAAGCAAAGGAAAAAGAAAGUAAAAUGUUGAGUGGAAAGAGAGGCAGUCAAGCUCAACAUUCAGACUCAAUGGAUAAUAAAAAGGUCCAUGAAAUUGAUAGGAUUUGUGACCAAGCAAAGGAAAAAAGAGGUAAAAAGUUGAGUAAAAAAGAAGCCAAUCCAACUGUACAUUCAGAACCAAUGGUUACAAAAAAGGUCCAUGUAAUUGACAGCAUUUCUGACCAAGCAGAAGAAAAAGAAAGUCAGAAGUUGAGUAAAAAAAAAGCCAAUCCAACUCAACAUUCAGAUACGAUGGUCAAUAAAAAGGUCCAUGAAAUUGACAGCAUUUCUGACCAAGCAGAAGAAAAAGAAAGUCAGAAGUUGAGUAAAAAAAAAGCCAAUCCAACUCAACAUUCAGAUACGAUGGUCAAUAAAAAGGUCCAUGAAAUUGACAGCAUUUCUGACCAAGCAGAAGAAAAAGAAAGUAAAAUGUUGAGUAAAAAAAGAGCACGUCUAACUCUACAUUCAGACACGGUGGUCAAUAAAAAGGUCCAUGAAAUUGACAGCAUUUCUGAACAAGCAGCAGAAAAAGAAAGUAAAAGGUUGAGUAAAAAAAGAGCCAGUCUAACUCAACAUUCAAACACAAUGGCUGAUAAAAAGUACACUGUAGUUGACGGAAUGUCUGACCAAUCAGAAGAAAAGGAAAGUAAAACGCUUCGUGUAAAGACAGUCAGACAAAAUCCACAUUCAGACAUGUUGGCUACUAAAAAUAUCCAUGCAAUUGACAGGGUUUCUGACCAAAGAGGAGAUAAACAAAUACAAAAGUUAAGUGUAAAGAGCUUCAGUCGAACUAAACAUUCAGACAGAAUGUCUGAUGAAAUAGUCCACGUAGUUGAAAGAAUGUCUGACCGAUCAGAAGAAAUGAAAAUUAAGAAGUUGAGUGCAAAAAUAGUCAGUCAUACUCAACGUUCAGACUUGGUGGCUAGUCAAGAGGUCCAAGCAAUUGACAGAGUCUCUGACCAAGCAGAAAAGAAAGAGAGAAAGCAGUCGAGUGUAAAGAGAGUUAGUCAAACUGAAGAUUCAGACACAAAGACUGAUAAAAAGGUCCAAGUAAUCGACAGGGUUUCGGACCAAGCAGAAAAGAAAGAGAGAAAGCAGUGUGCAACGAGAAUCAGUCAUUCCCAACAUUCAGACUUGGUGGCUAGUCAAGAGGUCCAAGCAAUUGACAGAGUCUCUGACCAAUCAGAAGAAAAAGAAAGAAAGAAGUUGAUUGUAAAGAGAGUUAGUCAAACUGAAGAUUCAGACACACUGGCUAAUAAAAAGGUCCAAGUAAUCGACAAGGUUUCUGACCAAGCAGAAGGAAAGGAGCGUAAAAGGUUGAGUGCUAAGAAGAUCAUUCACACUCAACAUUCAGAGACAGAGGCUAAUAACAAGGUCGAAGUAAUCGAAAGGGUUUCUGACAUGGCAGAAGAAAAUACUUCAUCAGCCAGGUUAAAUGUUGAUGCUUUUGACCCAAUAGCAAGGCUAGAAAUGCAAACAAGUCUACUCUCCAAGUGUAGGCUACCUUUUGUAAAAUUAAUACGCAAGGACAUGAAGGGUAAGAAGUUCCUUAACUCCACUGUGACCCUUAAUCCCAAUGACCAACCUGGAUGUACAAAGGAUGAAAUACCAGAUGCUGAAGUACCUGAAAUGUCCUCUAAACAAUCAGAUUGGGUGAACGGCAAGGCAAGUAUCUCCAUUGAUCGUGCAGUCAGUUCAGAAUCCAUAAAGAUCUCAGUUAAGAAGGUAAAAGCAAGUGGUGGGACAGGUGUCCUCCGUCUCUCGUCAGAAUCCUUACACGAUAAACCUAUUGUUACAUCCAAAGUGGCAAAUGUGCUUGAUGAGUUGGGUAGUCAAGAAUCGGAAAGGGUACCAGUUUUAAAUGUAAGCAACAUGACUUACUCAUUGUCAAACCAAUCAGAAGGUAGGAAGACUCUUGCAUCCAAUGAAUCAAGCAUGACCACAGACCAGUUAGGCAACUCAGAACAAAAAAUGACCUCUGCCAAUAGUACAGCUUUUGAUAAAACUCCAUCUUCUGUAAAAGCCAAGAAAGUUGUCUCCAAAUUAAAGCUGGUUUCAGAUGAAGUCAAUAGAAUCGUACUCCAUGAGCAGCCUACUCACCUCCCAGCGAGCGGUCGGUUGAUGACUCGAGCCCUGAAGGCCAUGCAGGAGGUGGAAGAAACAAAGCGAGAAAAAGUCAGAAAGAAGGCAGAGCACAAAGAACUCUUAAAUCUAUACAAAACAACUGAGCAUGUGGCAUGCAACUCUGCAUCUAACUCCAAACUGGACUUUUGCACUGAAAUCAAAACUCGUACUGACAAUGAUUUUGACCAGGACACUUCUAGCUCUAGCACUUCCCCUUUGACACGUCCUGAUUCAGCUGACUUGGAUGUGAAGAGUGAAGAUGAAGAUCUCUCCAUAUCCUCAACUCCUCCAAUGGACUUCAUACCCCUUACUUCUAGGGUAAAGGCAAAGAAUGAAGAUCAAUCCUCUGACAUGCAGCGCUCGUCGUCUGCACCUUCCUCACCAUUUUCUUUUAUCAAUUCCUUUAAAAAUAUUGAGGAGGUAUCCUUCCAGUCCCUGACAAAUGAGGGUGAAGGUAAACCCAUCUCUUUCAAAGCAGACACAAGCUACAAGUUCAGCACUUUUCUCAUGAUGUUGAAGGACUUGCAUGACACUAGAGAGCGAGAGGGGACCCCUUUAGAGCUUGACAUUGGGCCACCAAGUGCACAUGUGAAGGAGGAACCUUUAGUGAUGCCUGGGGAGGCUACAUCCGCAGGCCAAGAUCCACAAAUUAAACAGGUUAAAAAUGAUUCAAAUUCAAGUCCAGACAAAGUUGAAAACAAACACAAUGAGGGGAGCACAAGUCAGACAUCCAAGAGGCCCUAUAAAAGAAGAAUCAGCUCAACUAGGGUAAAAAAGAAAGCCAACCGUGAGGUGCCUUGUCGUCCCGCCAGGUCUGGCCCUGGUUUCCCAGGACUGGAGUCAUUGCCGACCACAGACUCUUCAUCAGGACUCGAUUGCUCGUCAAGAGACAAGUCACUGUUUGGCAUAGAGGCCAGCAGCUGGGAGAGGCACGCUGGAGGAGCUGAAGGAGUAGUUGGGGAGGAGGAUGAUACGUGGAGUAGAGUAAAUGAGAAUCUACAGAACAUGGUGCCUUUGGAGCAGAGGGGAUGUGACACUACGCUGUGUCUGGAACAGCCAAAUGGCCUCGUUGCAGAUGGUACUGAGACGACCACGAGCUUCAUGCGCGACACUGGAGGAAGUGACAAGGCUCCAAAAGCACACAAACGAAUAAGAAAACCAAGCAAGAGACUGAUUGAAUGGACUGAAGAGUAUGAUCAGAUUUUCUCCACCAGGAAGAAAAUCAAAAAGCCUCUCCAGUUGAUUGGAAAGGAAACUCAACCCGUUAUGUCCGAACACCCGGGAUCUGACAGCAGCUCACAGGACGACCACCCCUCCUUGAAUUUGCCUCCUGAGAUACAGACGCCACCUCCUGAGGAAAUUCCUACAACAACACCGUCUGCACUACAGAUUCCCAACACUGAAAACACAUCUACCCAAGAUGCACCUGUACUUUCCAUCGACACACUAACCCCUCCUCCUGAAGCUGACCAUUUGCUGUCAGAAGGCCUCGUCAAAGGCAACGGAAGCGCUCCUGUGCUGGAGAGGAAGCGGAAGAGGAAACCCACUCAGAAGAUCCUGGAGUACUGUAUGGAGGCAGAGGCCUCAGCGGGCCCCAAGAAAAAGGUCAAAACACUAAAGAACAAUUCAAAUCCUGCUCCUCAGUCAGAUGCUGGACCGCCAUCUUUAAAAUCAAAGACUCGGCAGCCCACAGCCUCCAGCUCAACAGAGGUAUCCUCCAGCUCCACCACAGACCCUCCUCCCAAAUCUCCUGCCCCCUCCCCUCCAGCACCUCCAUCACCUGAACCCACGCUGGAGGAAACACCGUCAGCAGACAUUGAUGCUCCUCAAGCCGAGGACAAGAAGGAGUCGACAGAAUCAGAGGCUGAGCCGUCCUGCUUGGAUCAAGCUUCUCCUCCAUGAAUGACGACUUGUCGCUUGUGACGAUCCUCUGUCACCCUCAAGGAAGAUCAUAGGGACCGAGGGGGUCCUGCAUCCUUAAAGGAGAACAUAUGUCA